AUGGUGGAUUGCAAGGCACUUGCCACGUUGGUUUCUUUGACUCGUGUAGGUCGUGAUGAUCCGAUUCCCUAUGCUGAUCCCACACCGUAUCGGAGUCUUGCAGGGGCUCUACAGUAUCUUACUAUUACGAGGCCUGAUCUUUCGUUUGUGGGGACUAUUCAUCUUGGUCUGUGUUUUUGUAAGUCUACUUCUGUUGCCAUUCAUGCUUUUUCAGAUUCCGAUUGGGCCGGUGAUCCGGUUGACAGGAAAUCUACUAGUGGCUUGGCGAUGUUCUUAGGCCAGAAUUUGGUUUCGUGGGUGUGUCGGAAACAGCGUACUGUUGCCCGCUCUUCGACUGAGGCUGAGUACAAGGCAUUGGCUGAUUUUUCUGCUGAGGUUACGUGGUUGGUCUCGUUGUUCACUGAGGUAUGGCUCCUGCCUCUCCGCGCAGGCUUUGGUGUGAUAACCUAG